GGAGAUGUGCACUUUGUCUCAUGUUAACGUGGCUCCCCUGGUUUGUGCAGUGUUCAGCCGUAUCAUCGGAGGGCAGGAUGCACAGGAGGGUCGAUGGCCCUGGCAAGUCAGUGUGCAGAAAUAUGAUGAUGAAAAAAGUGAAUACCAGCACAACUGUGGAGGAUCCCUCAUCUCAGCCCAGUGGGUGGUGUCGGCCGCUCACUGCUUCACACCCUCCGUGCCCCCUUCCAAGUACCGUGUGGUGCUGGGGGCGCACCAGCUCCUCAACCCCUCCCCGAAUCAGGUCCUGACCAAGGUGCAGAAGAUCAUCCCCCACCCCAGGUACAAUCAGACGAACCUCGUUGCUGACAUCGCCUUGAUGAGGCUGAAGAAGCCAGUGGAAACCACACAGUUCAUCCGGCCCAUCUCCCUGCCAGAGGACUCCCGCCAGUUCCCCGAGAAUGAGUGGUGUUGGGUCACCGGCUGGGGACAGGUAGAAGUGAGCAGGCCUCUCCAACCACCCAAGACCCUGCAGCAGCUGGAGGUUCCCAUCAUCGAAAGAAAAGUGUGCAACGAUCGUUUCAAGACACUGAUUCCACGCUCACCUCUGGGUUCACACCCAGUCAAAACCAAAAUGAUCUGCGCUGGGUACAUGGACAUGGACAGCCCCAAGGGAUUCUGCAACGGCGACUCUGGGGGGCCUCUAGCCUGUGAGCAGGAUGGCACCUGGUACCUGGCUGGAGUCGUGAGCUGGUUUAUGAGCACAGAUGUGAAUGGAAACAUCUGUUCUGAGCCCAAGUUCCCCGGGGUCUUCACCCGGGUGACAGCGUAUGUCAGCUGGAUCUGGAGUGAAGUGGGCCCUUCUGCCGUCGCUUCUCCAGCGCCCUGAUACUCGCCUCCCUCCUCCUCACAGCCCUGUGAGCCAUGCAUGGACCUGUCCCUGGCACUUCCAGGCCUACCCCCCUCAGGAUGUCUAUAGACCCCCCCGCUUGACCCCAGGUGUGGGCCCCGCAUUGCUGGGGUCUGUGGGACGUCGCUGGGAGAGACUGGUGGAUGGAAGCACGGAGGGGGGAGUGCUAUGGGGAAGGUGAGGCAGAGGGUGGGGGGUUAUAUCAGCCUUUCCUACAGCUCUGCAGCACC